AGCUGUCCAAAUAAACACGUAUCGAAUUGCUCUGUCCGUGGGAAGAAUGGAGCAGAUUUCUCGGCGAUAAAACGUGCAUUGUGGCGCAAAUGGAUCGGAACGCUGACUGAAAAUCUCUCCGUCGAGCUCGAUUGAGUCGAAUUGCAGUGAAUUCUAGUCGGGACGGCGAACCGGAGGCGGCCGGACGAGGUCCGGUGAGGGGCAUCACGAUUUUGGUGAUGUCACAAAACACGGCGGAUUUGACGUUCCGUGCCACAUAACUACCUGUGGCCACUAUCUGAUACGUAUGCAGCGCGAGAGAUAAUGAGUGGACGGUGAUCGAAAACGAAUUCCACGCCGAUCAUUCCGAUAGACCGAGGCCUAGAAGGAUGUUCAAUUUGUUCGGACACCGCCGCAGAAGAAAAUGGGCAGCCAAGCUGCUGUUCGCGGGCAUGUUCCUCGUCAUCGUGAUCCUGUGGAUGACCAUCAGCUCGCACACGUCAGUUGAGCAGAAAAUCAUUAUCAAAGAAAAAUAUAUCAAACCACCGCCACCGACAAAAAGUGAUGUACCUGUGAGAUACGAACAGAGUGCCCUGACCGAUCAGGACUUUGAGGCCAUGAUAGCGCAGGACGAGGCAAAUAUUGUUCCUGGUCUGGGAGACGAAGGAGCCGCUUGUGAACUUGAGACCGAAGAGGAAAAAGAGCUCGCCGAGAGACUGAUGAAGAAGGAGGCCUUUAACAUCGUUCUAAGCAACAAAAUCUCGCUCACAAGAACUGUGCCUGAUGCCAGGCAUCCAAUGUGCAAAAGCCAAAGAUUUUCAAAUAAUCUCCCAACGGCAAGUGUUGUGAUCAUUUUCACAAAUGAGGCGUGGAGCACCCUGAUGAGAACCGUACACAGUGUCCUCAACCACUCGCCCCCUCAUUUGUUGAAAGAAAUCGUUUUGGUCGAUGACUUCAGCGAUAGAGAGGAGCUGCAUGGAAAGUUGGAGUACUACAUUCGAACCCGUCUUCCCUCGGACAAAGUCAAAUUGGUGCGCUUGCCUGAACGAGGCGGCCUGAUCAGGGCCCGUCUGGCAGGUGCGCGGGCCGCUUCGGCGGAUGUGCUCAUUUUCCUCGAUUCCCAUUGCGAAGUUGUAGUGCAAUGGCUGGAGCCGUUGCUGCAGCGAAUUAAAGAGUCGCGAACGUCGGUUUUGAUUCCGAUAAUUGAUGUAAUUAGUGAGAAGACUUUCGAGUACUCACAUGUGCAUUCAGAGAACUUUGAAGUGGGAGGAUUCACGUGGAGCGGCCACUUCACAUGGGUCCACGUCCCUGAAGAAGAAAAGAUUCGCAGGGGAGGAGCGAUUGGAGCCACCAGGUCGCCAACAAUGGCUGGUGGGCUGUUUGCCAUUGAUAGGAAUUACUUCUGGGAAAGUGGCUCCUACGAUAGUCAGAUGGACGUUUGGGGAGGCGAAAAUUUGGAAAUGUCAUUCAGAAUUUGGAUGUGCGGAGGUUCUUUAGAAGUCAUUCCCUGUUCUCGAGUUGGUCACAUAUUUAGACCAUUCCACCCUUACACAUUCCCUGGAGGAAAGGACACCCACGGCAUCAACACAGCCAGACUAGUCGAGGUCUGGAUGGACGAGUACAAGAGACUGUUCUAUAUGCAUAGGCAUGAUUUGAAAACUAUGGACAUCGGAGAUCUAAGUGAAAGGCAGACUCUCCGCAAGAAGUUGAAAUGCAAGAGUUUCAAAUGGUACUUGGACAAUGUGUAUCCAUCAAAGUUUAUUCCUGACGAAAAUGUGAUUGCUUACGGAAGAGUUCGUUCAGAGACUCGCACACCGAAUAUGUGCUUCGACAACUUAAAUCACGAUUCUGGCACACAUUAUGAGCUUGGAGUUUAUGGUUGCCAUAAUGAAUUACAAACCAAUCAGUUGUACUCGCUCACAACAAAGGGAGAGCUGCGGCGAGAGUUCCUUUGCGUACAAGCACCAGGGCCAAGCAAUUCUCCAGUUGAAAGAGCCGUGUUAGCAGACUGCCAUGGCAUGCGUGAAAAUCAAGAGUGGGAGUACACUAAGAAGGGGCAGUUAAGACACAAAUUGAGUGGAAGGUGUAUAGACAUUGAGAAUGUCAAUUCUGACGAGUCAGUCAGAGUUGUUGCGUGUCGAGACAGCAAAUUCCAAGUAUUCCACUUUGACCACGUUCUUGUGCCAGCUUCGUGAGGAUUGAGGACGGUUUGCAAAUUCAGCUAGACGCAUUGCCUAAGCAUUUUUCUGUGUUAAAAUAUUUUAUUUUCCUUUUUUGUUGAAAGAGCAUUAUUUUAAGUAAAAAUUUUGAUGUGUUGUAGUUUUUA